UUACCACGAAAGCGUCAAGCUGAGCCUAGGUGUGAGGGUGGUAGAGUACUGUAGUAGGCUGGGUUGAUGAAAAUAAUGGAUAAAUUAGUAUUAAUUUCCGCAGUACUAUUCGUAGUAGCCGACGUGUUUGCAAUUGCAAGUUUAGUUAAUCCAGAAUGGGUUAUUUCCGAAGAUUAUGGAAACAUGAAGUUUGGCCUAACUAAACAAUGUCAGACUAUAUAUGGCAGGAAGCCAAUAUGUCUGCCGCCAAGUCUUUGCCCCGAAUGGCAAGUCACUCUCUCCUUCAUCAUCGUGGGUGUAAUUUGUCUAACUGCGACCUGUUUAUUGCUGUUCUACUCACUCAAAAAGGUGGAAAUGUUGAAAAUUGCUAGGUGGACAGCCUUUGUUGGAAUGGUAGUUUUCUGCAUUGCUGCGUUGAUAUUUCCCACCGGAUUUUACGUUGAAGAGAUUGGUGGUGAACCUUACAAACUUCCAGAUAGCGUGUCUGUUGGCCCGUCUUACAUUAUGUUUAUCAUGUCAAUAUUCCUGACAAUUGUUUCACUGUUAUUCGCUGGCAAGAUAUGCCUGCCAAUGUUGUAUGACUAGUGGUUGAUUAAGUUUUGAAGACAAUGAUGCAUUUUUUUUUAAAAUUCUUUUUUCAACAAGGCAAUAUCAAUUACAGUUGAAGCUUGAUUGGUGUAGUGAUCAUGAGAUGCAUUUUCUGCUUAAGGAAAUUAUUGUGUGCUGUUAUUUUUAUUGUACAAGUCAGAAGGAGUACUUACCAAUUACGUUUUUGAAAAAAAGCUGGAUUGACCAAGAAAUAAGAGAAAGCAAAAUAAACAAUAUUAUUAAAUGGCCUUUUCACUAAGGACAAAAAGAAGAACUUGAACAAAACAUUACACAGACACAAUUUUGCAGAUGUUUUCCUGAUCCUGAACAAGAAUUCUUUCACUGCAAUGGAAAUGAUUCUGGGUGGAGAGUUUUCCACCCUGCUAGAUUAUCGCACAAAGCAUGUAAAUGCAAUCAAAUGUUGGAGGAAAUGUUGAUUCCAAAAGAGACAUAGCAUUUUUUAUCAUCUAUGCCUAAAUAAAUUUUUGGGAAGCAGCAACUCACUUAUCUGGACAUUUGGAUUUUGACACGGGCAAAAAUAUGGCCUGCUGUUAUUUAUUAGAUAAUUUGGGUACUUUUGGAUCAAAACAGACUACAGGUGGUGAGGCUAGCAGGGAAUCGGGUAAAUUUUCCCCCGUCGGACAGGCCUGGACCCCUAUCGUACGAAGCCAUUAUGACAUCGUCGGCCCAAGAAUAUUAAUUUGCUUAUCCAAGUAACAUUAUUUUGAUUGCCAAUCCCUAUUUUUGAUCUUUAAAGCGCAAUCCUCAGCAAUACUAAGCCUUAAAAAAGCCUGUUCUCAUGAUCCCUAGUAGGGAUUGUGACAAACGAGAGAUAGCUGGUAUCAGUUUACCGGGUAGCUGAGACACGAAGAGACCCCCAAGGGAGCAUUAAGUUAUUACUCGAGCUAGUUCACACCUCGAAUGCUUUGAGACUUUGAAAAAAGGCAUUAUAUACAGUAAAUCCAACUACAUCACAUAUUCCUGGCCCCUGAGCCUGUCAGACAUGUCGGACCCCUGACGGCAAGUUUCUGGAUCCAUCACUGCAGGAGACGCUGUUCUGAUUCGUUUUAAGAAUGUUUACUUCAUUGUCAUGUGGGUUCUUGUAUAAGUGAAAUCUACUGUUUAGCAGAAUGUUUAUAACAGAAAAUGGUAGCAUGUUCUAACAUCUGCUUAAAAUGUCUUUGAAGUAGAAUUCUAUCUUGUAAAUACGUCAAAAGAGGGUUCUUAUCCAUAGAAAUUAAAGAAUUGUGAUAGGACUCUGGCGUCUACAUAAGGUUAUAACAAUAAUUUCAAAAGAUAUUUUUGAGGUGUGGCAGGAAGAGAACUAGUGGGUAGGAUGAAUACUUGAACAUUAAUGUUAUGUCUAAUGUCCCCAUGUGCUGAUGCAAAGAGAAUGGUGGUGGGGUGCCAUUUCAUCCAAUUUGUAAGCUUGACCUUUAAUAACAACAGUCAUAUUAUUAUUUAUUUUUAUAUUAUAAAAAUUACAGUUAUAUAAUGUUAAUAAAAUAAACCAUAAUUAUUGUAUCAACUGCAAACAAAGAACUUCCAUCGUAAACUUAAGACAACAUUCAAGGUUAAGCUGGGCACUCGCUACGGUCGUCGGGAACGCGAUUUUACGGAGAACGUAGCACCACGACGGCGCGCAACAAAUUGCUUUUAAUGGCAAUCCGUUCAGACUGCCAGCAACAAAUGGCGCUGCGUUGUCCAGCGCUCAACGGGAGGAGAGUUUGUACGACCGUCGCACGAUGCAGUGACUUCCCAGCUUCAGUAACCAUAUUGUAUCAGUUUAUCAGAUCUAAUUUGUUCUUGUUAUGUAUAAGUUUCCAUGUGAAAUAAGUUUGUAAAUAAUACUGUGUAUAUAUAUAAUGUA